AUGCCUGGACAACUGUACACGCCAAAGUUAAGUGGCAUCGUCAAGUUUACCAACUGUCGCCUAGUCCGCAAUGACAAAUUCGUCUUUGAGGAUCUUUGGGUAAGCUCUAAGACUGGAACCAUUCUCUCCAGUCAGGCAGCGUUCUUCGACAACCAAGCCCUCCCCGACGAAGUGAUCGACCUCGAGGGACGAAUCAUUUCUCCCGGCCUGAUUGAUGUGCAGCUUAACGGGGCUUUUGGUUUUAACUUCUCUACAGCCCCCGAGGGGUUAUUGUAUGCCAAAUCCAUCGCAGAAGUGAAUCGGAAGUUGGUUCAGACUGGUGUGACGUCUUACGUCCCUACUCUCACCAGCCAGAAGCCGACGCUAUACCAGAAGGCACUUCCUUUUCUUCGCCCUAAUACCUCUCGCGUCGGCAAUCAUGGGGCAGAGUCGCUUGGAGCCCACGUCGAGGGACCUUUUCUGAAUCCUAGAAAGAACGGGAUUCAUGAUGUGAAUGUCCUUCUCGAAGCGAACAGCUUUGCUGAUAUCGAGAAUUGCUAUGGCAGCGACAAUAUGGGAGGUUCAGGUUCUAGAACCUCCGCUAUCAAGAAAAUCACGCUGGCUCCUGAAUGUGGAAACAUGCUUGCCCUCAUCCCCAAACUACGCGAGCGAGGUAUCAUUGUUUCCGUCGGACACUCUGAUUCCACAUACGAAGAAGCGUCGAGUGCUGUUUCUGCGGGAGCAACCAUGAUAACGCACCUCUUCAAUGCCAUGCGGCCGCUUCAUCACCGUAAUCCGGGUAUCUUUGGGGUGCUGGGCAUUGCUGAAAAGUCACCUAGGCCCUACUUUGGCAUCAUUGCUGAUGGCAUUCAUCUACAUCCCACUGUUAUCAAGAUCGCGUAUAAUGCACACCCAGAAGGGUGUAUCCUGGUGACGGAUGCCAUGCACUUGGUUGGUCUCCCUGAUGGUGCAUACCCCUGGGAAAAUGGCGAUGUCGAGAGCAGAAUCAUCAAAACCGGCCCUACACUGCGGCUGGAAGGCACCGACAAGAUCGCAGGAAGCUCCAUCACACUCGUGGAGUGUGUCAAUAACUUUCUUGAAUGGUCCGGUGUUUCUGUCCCCCAAGCCUUGAAAAGCGUGACCAGCACACCCGCAGCCAUGUUGGGCGUUGAAGGAACCAAGGGCUCUUUGGUAUCCGGUGCUGAUGCAGACCUCGCAAUCUUCUCAGAGAUAAAAACAGAGAAUGGUGCCUCUCAGCUAAUUAUUGAUGAAGUAUGGAAAUAUGGGGAACGCGUUUAUCGUCGGGAAGGGGUAGAGAUUCCUGAGCCGACUAGCCCGCAUAGUUCUGUUGAAUAG